AGUUCGGUAAUCGCCCGCGACAAGUUAUGUGAAAAACAGGUAAUCAGCAAGAUGGUUUUUAGCCAAGUGACCAAAACUCUUGUUCGACGUUUCACAACCAACUCAGUUAAGCUGAGUCAAGAAUGGCAGCAAGGCGGAGUGCCAGGAUCAAACCUUCCAUUCAACAUCCACAACAAGAAAUUGUUGACAGUGAAUUUCAUCCUGUUCUUUGGUAGUGGCCUGUCCGUACCCUUUGUAUUGACAAGACGCUUCCUGUUGCUCCAGUAUGCUGACAGAGUUCCAGUCAGUGCUCCAGCUAAGCCUAAGCUGAUUAAGCCAGUUUUUGAAGAACCUGAUCUUGACAAGAAUACCCUCUUUCAGUCUCAUUACCAGGAACUGAGUUUCUAAAUUGGUUUCAGUAGCUACAGUGGACUAGUAAAAGAAUUAUUAUUUGACAGGAGUUUAUUUUUAUGAUUUCAUGAAUUAAAAUUUUUUACCAGA